AUGAAUUAUGAACGAAAUUAUGAAGAUAUAGAAGCUUAUGAUAGUGAACAACAAAGUAAACGCCAGCUUAUUCAAAAGUCGAAAGGUUUUAUAAAUAUAGAAGAUGAGCCAGAAAAAGAAGAAAAUGGUGAAAAAGAUAUGGAAGAAUUGAAGGAGACGAUCAAGAAAAUAACGGAGAAACAUGAGAACGAUAAAACUGAUAAAUCGAUUGCGACAAAAAAAGAUACAGAUGACGUAAAAGAUGUAUCGGAACAGACCACUACAUCGCCAGAGGAAGCAUACGUUCAACAUAUGGAACGUGUCAUUGCUGCAAACACUCUUCCUUCACGAGAUAUGGAAAUCCUUCAAUAUUUGUACACUAAUUAUUCCUCCGAUAAGAAGCAAAUACCUAUAACAAAGGAAAUUUAUACCGAAAUUAACGUCGAUACCUCAGAGCCUAGUGAAAGUAGAACUGAUACUCACGAUGAAAUAAAACAAGCAUCGAUAAACGAGAAGGAGAAAGUUAUUCUUGAUUCAAGUUCCAAAGACCUUGAGAAAAACAUUCUCCGAUCGGAUAUUCAGGACACAACUGAGGAUAUUACUUCGACUGAGUCACCGAUUUCUGACGAUAAAAAAUUGGAAUCGUUAAAAAGCACUUCGUCUGUGGAGAAAGAUAAAAUUAUAACGAGUACAUCAAAGACAAAUUUGGUCGAGGAAAUCAACGAUACGUCUGAUCACAAAAAUGCAAAGAAUGACAAAAAGGACAUAAAAUCUUUGACAAUCGAAAGUCCUUUUUCUGAUUUUACGCUCCAAACUGUAAAACUGGAAACGAAUUUAGAAGAUCUCAUACGCAAAGAACAGAUCUUAUCUAAUAUUAGCAAAACUUUACCUAGUAGUAUAGAUCCUAGCGAUACUGAACAAAUUACACCAUUGGACGAAUCUAAAAUCAUUGUAGAUCUUCCGCAGAAAAAGGAUGUUAUCGAAACAAAAGAAACCGUGCCUAGUAGUAUACAUCCUAGCGAUACUAAAAAAAUUACACCAUUGGACGAAUCUAAAAUCAUUGUAGAUCUUCCGCAGAAAAAGGAUGUUAUCGAAACAAAAGAAACUGUGCCUAUUAGUAUACAUCCUAGCGAUACUAAAAAAAUUACACCGUUGGAUGAAUCUAAAAUUAUAGUAGAUCUUCCGCAGAAAAAGGAUGUUAUCGAAACAAAAGAAACUGUGGCUAGUAGUAUACAUCCUAGCGAUACUAAAAAAAUUACACCAUUAGACGAAUCUAAAAUUAUAGUAGAUCUUCCGCAGAAAAAGGAUGUUAUCGAAACAAAAGAAACUGUGCCUAUUAGUAUACAUCCUAGCGAUACUAAAAAAAUGACACCGUUGGAUGAAUCUAAAAUUAUAGUAGAUCUUCCACAGAAAAAGGAUGUUAUCGAAACAAAAGAAACUGUGCCUAUUAGUAUACAUCCUAGCGAUACUAAAAAAAUUACACCGUUGGACGAAUCUAAAAUUAUAGUAGAUCUUCCGCAGAAAAAGGAUGUUAUCGAAACAAAAGAAACCGUGGCUAGUAGUAUACAUCCUAGCGAUACCGAAGAAAUUACACCGUUGGACGAAUCUGAAAUCAUUAUAGAUCUUCCGGAGAAAAAAGAUCGAACAAAAAUAAAGAUCUCCAAGCCCGAAAGCGACGAAUCAUUUAUAAGAAAAAUGUUACUUUGUCAUUGUAUCGACGUAAAAAUGAAUGGAAAUAAUAGUAAUGAUAAUAAUGACAAUUAUUUGGUAUUUUCACAAAUACCGAAUAUGAAGAAUAAAACUUUGUAUUAUUAUUGA